AUGGAGAACACAAAUCUUCUAAAGCCUUUUCGUUUUGAGGCUAUGUGGACUAGGGAUAAAUCAAGUAAAGAAGUAAUAGAAAGUGCUUGGCAAACGAGAGUAGACGACCCACAAAGUCUUAAACUGGCCAAAAAACUGGAUGCAACUAGGAGAGAUCUUAAAAGAUGGAAUAAGAGCUGUUUUGGAAGUUCAAGAGAGAGAAUUAAAGAGCUGGAGCAGAAGAUAGCACAAAUUCAGAGUUUAGAGGCCACAAAAGAAAAUUUGGAGCUUGAAGCUUCGUUGAGUUUAGAAUUGGAUGAAUGGUUGGCAAGAGAGGAUCUAAAAUGGAAACAAAAAUCUAGAGAGAUUUGGAUAAGAGAGGGUGAUCAGAAUACUUGUUUCUUCCAUCUCUCAACUUUGAUCAGAAGAAGAAGAAAUUGUAUUCAAGAAAUCAAAUUGGAGGAUGGAUCUUGGAUAAAUGAUGGGGAAGACAUUCAAAAGUAUUUUAUUAAGAACUUCAAGGCUCUUUAUCAAACUGGUUCUCCUAAUAUUCCGAAAAAUUUGGAAAACUUAAUAGAGCCAUGCAUCUCAAAUUUUGAAAACGAAGAACUAUGCAAGGUGCCAAUGAGAGAUGAAAUACGGAAAGUUAUAUUUGAGAUGAAAUCUCUUAAAGCCUCAGGGCCAGAUGGUUUUCCAGCGCUUUUCUACAAACACUAUUGGGAGACAGUAGGGGAUCAAAUUGUGUCAGCCACUCAAAGGUUUUUUAGAGAUGGAAGAUUGCUUAAAGAGUUUAACUAG